GCUCGCCCAAGUUAGGAUGGCAUGCCUAGUCCCGUGUUUCCUAUGUCCAUGGUUUCUAGGAAGUAAUAUCUUUGGUAGUACUUCAUCUAUGGUAGUACCACCUAAUCUCUGGUAGUACCUCGUGGUUUUAACUCGAACCAUAGUUUAGGCAAUUUUAGGUUAGGAAUUAUUUAAAAUCUUUACAAUUUUUUAUAAAAACUAUAAAAACUUCCGUAAUUGGUUGUUUCGUUUUAAAAUAGUUAACAGAUUUGGGUUGCAGUUGAAUGUUACCAAUUAGAUGGUUAAGCCUUCUUAGCCAAAUUUGACAGUAUUAAUAUAAUAAAAGAGCUAAAAAAGUGAUGUAAACAAAUGUCACGAAGUAUAAUUGUGGUCCCUCACGCCGAACUUAUCAGCUGACAACGUGUUUAGCUUAGAUACUGAAGCUGCAUAAAAAUAACAAUAACGCAGCUAAAUAUAUAUAGAAUAAAAUAAUGGCGCAAAUGGCACCUUCUCCCUUAAUUUUUGAAAUAAUUGCAGAAUGCAACUUUUCAAAAGCUCGAACUGGAAUAAUGACUUUGAUUCACAAUCGUGUAGAUACGCCAGUUUUCAUGCCAGUUGGAACUCAGGGAACUUUAAAAGGUUUGCUGCCUCAGCAAUUAGAGGAAUUAAAUUGCCAAAUAAUUCUCGGUAACACUUAUCAUCUUGGAACGCGACCAGGUCCAGAAAUUUUGAAAAAAGCAGGAGGUCUACACAAAUUUAUGGGAUGGAAUAGGGCCUUGUUAACUGAUUCUGGUGGUUUUCAAAUGGUAUCAUUGCUUCAAUUGGCUAAAAUUACAGAAGAGGGAGUUAAAUUUAAAUCUCCAUAUGAUGGAAGCGAAUGUAUGCUAACACCUGAACACUCAAUUGAAAUUCAAAAUGCAAUCGGAGCUGAUAUUAUUAUGCAACUUGAUGAUGUAGUCAGCACACUUACGACUGGACCUAGAGUAGAAGAAGCAAUGAACAGAACAACAAGGUGGCUCGACAGAUGUUUAUCUGCUCACCAAAGACCAGAUGAACAAAGUAUUUUUCCUAUUGUCCAAGGAGGAUUGGAUCCAAAAUUAAGAUCGGAAUCUGCUCAUCAAUUGAUCAAGCGAAAAGUGAACGGAUAUGCGAUUGGAGGACUUAGUGGCGGAGAAAGUAAAGAAGAAUUUUGGAAAAUGGUCUAUCUCACGACUAACAUUCUUCCAAAAGACAAACCGAGAUACUUAAUGGGUGUUGGAUUCGCUUCUGAUUUAGUUGUUUGCUGUGCACUAGGUGUGGAUAUGUUCGAUUGUGUAUUCCCGACGAGAACGGCAAGAUUUGGAUGCGCUCUCGUACGAACUGGACAAUUAAAUCUGAAACAGGGCCAAUAUAAAAAUGAUAAAAGACCGAUUGACGAAUCUUGCGAGUGUAGUACUUGCAAAGAAUAUACCAGAGCCUAUCUUCAUCAAAUCGUCACUGCGGAAACGGUCGCUUGCCAUUUACUCACAGUUCACAAUAUUGCUUUCCAAAUGAGACUGAUGCGAGAUAUAAGAGAUAGUAUCAAGGCUCAAAAAUUCCCUGAAUUUGUUAAGGAUUUUAUGUCCACUUUGUAUCCGACUAAAGACUAUCCAACUUGGAUUGUCGAUGCUAUGAAGGCUGUAGAUAUUACCUUAUCUUGACGAAUUUUAACCUAGUUAAUUAUGAAAAUAUACUUUCUUUACCGAAACAUUUUGUUUAAAAUCCUGCCUUUUCUAUGAUUACAUUCCGGGUGGCUGCUGGACCGGGUAAAACCGGGAGAUGACCAACCAAAUCUAUUUCAAACCAGGCAGGUUCUACAAU